UUGUAACUUGUAUACAUAACAUACCUUGCAGUCCUUGAUAACCGGUACAUACAUGUCAACGGCCGUGGUAAUAGCCGCUGUUGUUGGCGGCGGGGUUCUGCUCUUAAUGCGCCGUCUCUUCCCCCGGGGGAAAGCAGUAAAGCUGCUCCAGUAUCCGACCGACACCAUGCGUGGAAAGACUGUGAUAGUGACUGGGGCUAACAGCGGGAUAGGGAAGGCCUUGGCCGGGGAGCUGCUGAAGCUUCGCGCCCGGGUCAUCAUGGCCUGCCGGGACCUGCGGAGCGCCGAGGACGUAGCCCAGGACCUGAAGAGCCGAGCGGGGCCAGAGCAGGGGGAGGUGGUCAUCAAGCACCUGGACUUGGCUUCCCUCCAAUCUGUCCGGAAUUUUUGUGAUGAAAUCAACAAGGAGGAACCUAAGAUUGAUGUGCUGGUCAACAACGCCGGGAUCUAUCAGUGUCCCUACACGAAGACAGAAGAUGGUUUUGAGAUGCAGUUUGGAGUGAAUCACCUGGGCCACUUCCUCCUCACUCACCUGCUGCUGGACCUCCUGAAGGCUUCGUCUCCCAGCCGCAUUGUCGUCAUUUCCUCCAAACUCUACAAAUACGGCCACAUCAACUUUGACGACUUGAACAGCGAAGGGAACUACAACAAAGCUUUCUGCUACAGUCAGAGCAAGCUGGCCAACCUGCUGUUCACACUCGAGCUGGCUCAUCAGCUCGAGGGCACCGCUGUCACGGUCAACGCCCUCACCCCGGGGAUGGUGAGGACCAGACUGGGACGGCACGUCCAAAUCCCUCUGCUGGCUAAGCCGCUGUUCCACCUUGCCUCGUUGGUCUUCUUGAAGAGUCCGUUGGAAGGAGCCCAGACGCCGCUCUAUCUGGCCUGCUCCCCCGAGGUGGAGGGGGUGUCGGGGAAGUGCUUCGCUAACUGUGAGGAAGAAGAGUUGAUGGCCAGAGCUACAGACAAACAGGUGGCCAAGAAGCUGUGGGACAUAAGCAGGAGGAUGGUUGGACUCGCAGAGUGACCAUGGGGCCAGUUCUGAGGGCCGGACUGUUAGGGAAUUAAGUGUUCUUGGACGACUUUGUUAAUCCACUUUUGCUUGCAGACAUCAUUGUGCAAGAGAUGGGUUGUGAAAAAUCCUCUUUUUUUUUCCUCCCUGGGGAUGAAAACUUUAAUGGAAAGACAUGUUGUGCCUCUGAAAUAGGAUAAUUAGCAGACUUUGUGCUACAUUACAGAACUGAUUAGAUCUCAUAUUAUGAUUUGAAUUUUAAGCGGUGCCUGUUCAAGUAAAGUUUUAAAAGAAGUUUUGCAAUUAUUUCUUCAUCCUGGUAACUUUCGCCUCUUUAUUCUCUUCACAAAUCCCACCUACUUGUACUUUAGAAAGUCUUAUGCACUAUUCAUACAGCGCCUUGCCAAAAUAUUCUUAUCUUUAUCACAUAGUAGACAAAAACACUGAUAAAUUUUAUGUAGUUCAACAACAAAAUACUGCACAAUCCAGAUUUUCUUGUUAAAAGCACACCGGUUUCUAACAUUUUAACAAAUACAAAUCAGAGAACUGUGACAUGAUUGUGUAUUCAUAGCUAUUUGUUUAAAGCUGAUAUUUCUAAAUAAAUUACAACACAAAUAAUUGCUUGCAUCAUCAAAAUAGACCAAGACACAGCAGGAGUGAAUUUGCAGGUCAGGAGUGAAUUUGUGGGGAAGUUAAAAGCAGGGUUAGGUUUUAUAUUAAUAUCCCAAGCAUUUAACAUUUCACGCAGCAGUUCAAUCUGUCAUCUGAAAAUGGUAAGAGCAUAAAAAUUCAAAAGAACUGACCAUUUAACUAAGCUGACGAAGAAUUAUUCAGUGAAACAGCCAGGAGGCUUUAAUAAAUCUGGAGGAGUUGCGGAGAUCCAAAGCUUUAGUGAGAGAAUUUUCUAACAAGACAACUGUUAGUUGUGCUCUCCAAAAAUCUUUUUUACAAAGUGGAGCAGAAAAAAAGUAGAUGCAAACCACGCAUCAUGUUAUGCUCUAUUGUGAUGGUCUAUUAUAUAUAAUCCAUAUUAAAUACAACAAAUCGGUUUGAUAAAAUGUAGGAAAGAAUACGAAUACUUAAAGAUACUGCCGCAAACGUUUCAGUGCAAAAAGAUUUAAAGAUACCAUCAGUCUUAACUGUACACUGCUGAGGAUAUAAUAUUUUGUUCCUAUAUAGCAUGACCUUAUCAAAGUUCAGAAGCAGACAUCAGGAUCAAAGGAACUGGACUCGGUGCGUUCAUGAAAGGCGAGCUGAGCUGAGCUGUCACGUUUACCUCAACGGCAGGUCUCAUUACUGCUUGAGCUCUUCAGAUCCUCAGUUGAGUCUUUGUCUGUGCUCAAGUUGUGCGCAGCUUCACGUCAGUUUUGCACUGCAAAGCAAGAACAAGCUGAAGGUGGCUGUUUGAACUGGUCUCCCUUUAGUGCAUUUUUAAGCUUAAAUGGUUUCUGCUGCGUCUGUUGGAAGGCUGACGCUGCACCGUGGCGCCCUCUUGUGGAUGGAUUCAAACUUUACAACUUCUUUAUCUCUGCAGGAAGGCCGCCUGAAAGGACAACCAUCAACAAGAACAAUGAAACUGCUGAACCACAGAAGCGAUUAAUUUACAAGGUUGUUACUUUAAUGAGUUGUUCUUGCCCAAACCAAAUCAGCCCAUCAGUCGCUAUCACACAAGCCAUCUUAAAGCCGUUUGUUUCUUUGUGAAUAUAACGUAAAAUUUAGUUCAGUAACGAUAAAUUCCAAAAUGUCUGGCACAACAGAAUGAAUGUUUCCUUUAAGUGCUAAAUAAAGA